CUCCUCCUCAUGGAAGCCAAACUGCCAGAAGUGCAGUUGCUCCGCUGGAUGGAGGAGUCACUGCUGCUGAGCUUCAAGUCUGAACAGCAUUUGACAGAGCCAUGGAGGCGAAGGAGCAGACCACAGGAGGGCCUUAUUUUGUGGGGAAAACCAAUGAAUUGAUUGAAGCAAAGCGCUCUUUCAGAACAUUAGAAGGUCGGGAUGUACUGAUCAUCCACCAUCUGGGAGUCUUCUAUGCUAUAGACUCUUACUGUUAUCAUGCUGGGGGAAUGCUGCAGAAUGGAGACAUUGAGGACAUUGACGGCAAGCUGUGCAUAAUUUGUCCAAAGCACAAGUACAGGAUCUCUCUUGCCGAAGGGGAGGGCUUAUACAAGGGCACCAACCCCCAGGAAAAGCCACCUGUGCCCAGAUGGUACUCCAAGGGUGUGAAGCAGCGGAUCCACGAGGUCACUGAGAGCAACGGGGAAGUCUAUGUCAAGCUCUCUCAGGACAGGCACUGGGUCGAUUCAGACUUCUACCAGGGAGAGGCCGGCAAGGUGGAAAGGGCCAAAGCAGAAGCAGCCGAGGAGAAGAAUGAUAAUAGUAACACAUGGAUGAGAAUGGCAUCUCUAUAGUAUUUUUUUGUCUCCUAUGAUCUCCUCUAAAUGUUUGGGUGAUAACUGUGUAGAGAGAUGUUUAAUAACACGUAGUCCAUGCUCUACCUCAAGUAAUCAAUAGGGCUUGCAUGGGCUUAAAAACUGGUCUUGUUUUAAUGAGUUUGGGAGCAUUUAGAAUUUUAAAUUACUUGAUGUGUGGCUUGCUAGCUUUUUAAAUGGUCUAAAAAUGUUUUACUAAAAAAUGUGGUCACACAUUGCCCUGUUACAUAGUUCACUGAAUAAACAUUUUUAUGAAUGAAUUUAGAUUUCUGGUUCUUUGUUUUCAAAUUAGGUAGUGGCAGGAGGUGGCUAAAAGUGUGCCCACACUGGUGUAUCCCUCUGCAUUUCAAUAUUCCUCAUGUAUUAUGCAUUCAGUGAAUGAAUCAAUAAGAUAAAAAGGUUUUUGCUGAUCGAUAAAGUCCUAAAGUGGGAAAUCGUUAAUGUAAAAUAAAAAGAUCAUACCACAA